CGCGGGCCAGCCAAUACAGCAUAGUAUUUAAAUAAAGUCAGUUCGCGAUCGCUGGUUCGUUUUCCACACGAGUUUUUUCGCGUUUGGCUCGAUUCUUCGGCGAUUUUGGCACAAAUUUUACGAGCGACAUGACUAGGUGGAGCUUUUUCCUCAUAUUAUUACUGCACACGUACACCUUCUUAGAAGGCGCGGAAAAUGAUUUAGACGAACCUCCCGAAGGCUAUUACGCCUUUGUGGAAUCACCAAACGCAGAACCACCGAGAGUCAGACCUCCGCCAUACAACGUGGUUCCAUACGAUUGCCGAGAAGACGACUUCAGAGGACCCCAUGGGUCCCCUAAUAAUUUAUGCGGCGAUCUGAAUAAAGGAAAUAUACCCAGGAAUCCUAUGGGACAAAAUGUAUUGGGAUCACCAUAUCCUUUCGAACUAAUUAGAAAUAUGACACUGAAGUAUCUCAGCAGAACGCUACCAAUACUCAAAGCAGACGAUACUCUACCCAAAGUAGCCCAAAUGCAGGACGAUUUCAUCAAUCAAAAUACUUUAUCUUCAUCAUAUCAACAAAACGACAGAAGCGACAGAGCGAAGCGCGAAGUUACCAACAAAACGACCAGCAAAUCCUCGAGUUCUUCGAGACAAGCCAGGAAAUUCUGCGAUCAGGGCGGCGUAUUCUGCAUGCUUUACAAAGCCAUCAACGGGGAAUCGAAUUCCUCGCCUCAGGAAUCGGCUCAGCUUCCUCUCGAGCGAAGAGACGACGCGCCUCCAGUGGCGCCGAGAUACGAAGGACCUCCAACACCCUGUCCCGCUAAGAUCGAAUACGCCACCCCAGUGUUCGCUAAGAACUACCAAGGCGUCUGGAGAUACGUGGUGCAGAUUCCUUACGAGGGGUAUUUCACGCAAACUAUCGAAGUUACUAGGUGUUUGCAAUCACGUUGUCAUUAUUUAGACGGGGGUUGUUUAUCAUCGCCGAGGUGGUCGAGUCUGCUGGUUGCUGAAAUUUAUUAUCCAGACACGGUUUUGAGCAGCAGUGAUGCUGUAAACCCGCAAAGGAAUCCGGUGCCUGGAUCCCAACCACCUUCUGUUCAAGAUUUUCAGAAUUACCAACAAUAUCUUCAGAAAAGAGCCGGUCUUCCGCCGUCAGCCGUCGAUGCCGGUACGACCCAACGCCCAUCUAGCCAAUGCGAUGGAAUCGACGCAUUGGGUUGUUUCCAAGUUCGAUUGUACUACGACUGGUUCCUGAUUCCGGGUUCCUGCAAAUGCUGGCGACCCGACUACUUCAACAAAUACGUCAGAAGGAAACCCAAUCAAGAUCUUUGAAGUAUUUGAACGAUUUUCGUAGAGUUAAGCUAAUCUGGGAAGAAAAUUCGUUUAUCGUGAGGUGUGUAAAAUCGCUUUAAAUGCGUCGUUUUCCUGAUUUUAAUUUAAUUGUACUGAUAAGUUCGACUGUUUAGUUAUUUUCUUGCGUUUAUAUUUUCGUUUAGUUAUAGUUAAAUACUGUAUUAAAAAAUAUUUUUACAUUACAUCUUCUAGCAUCUAAAAA